CCAUUAUGAGGCGUGACAAUCCUUCAUGCCGCUGCAGUCUACCUGCUGGUUCGCUGUCAUGAUACCCGAUUAGGCUGCUGUAUCGUCCCAUUAGUUGAAGCAAUUGUUACAGCAAGAGAAGGAACUCGAAGUUCAUACAAACCAUUGGACACCUAAUCGAAAUUAUAGCAGAAGAAAACCUUCUGACUGCUCGGAACCAUGAUUACCGCCUCAAUAUUCCGAUCUAGGCUCUUAUGACACGUCCUCAUGCAGCUCUCACUUGUUUUCAAGACGCUCCUUUCCUUUAUCGCCAUUGCAGCAGCAUAUCCCACGCCAUCGGUGAUGAAACUUUCUUCUAUGGCUAAGCGUUCGGGGGAGCUUGGCUCUAACCUCGUUGGUUAUUUGGACACUAGGUCCCCUAAUGAUCUUAGUCAACCUAGCGUCCCCGGCGGCCCUCCCAAUAGUGACGUUAACUACGUGAACACUCGGGCCCCCAACGACCUUAGUCAACCUAGCGUACCCAGUGGACCUCUCAAUAGUGACGUCAGCUACUUGAACACUCGGGCCCCCGACAAUAGUCACUCCAGCAAUCCUUCCAGCAAUCCUUCCACCACUCCUUCCACCACUCCUAGUAGUUCUAACGACGCCAGUCACGCCAGCAACUCUGCUAAUAGCGACGCUGAAUACUUAAACACUCGGGCUCCCGGCGACGAUGAUAGUCACUCCAGCAAUUCUGCCAAUGAUGACGUUAAGCACUUGAGCGUUCGGGCUCCGGACGAUAACACUAGUCAUUCUAGCAAUUCUGCCAGUGAUGACGCCAAGUACUUGAGCGCUCGGGCCCCCGACGAUACCACUAGUCACUCCAGCAAUUCUGCCAGUGAUGACGCCAAGUACUUGAGCGUUCGGACCCCCGACGAUACCACUAGUCAUGACAGCAAUUCUGCUAGUGAUGACGCUAAGUACUCGAGCGUUCGGACCCCCGACGAUAGCAGUAGUCACUCUAGCAAUUCUGCCAACGACGACGCUGAGUACUUGAGCGUCCGGGCCCCCGACGUCAGUAACACCAGCAGUACUUCUAAUACUGCUAACUCCUCCAAUGGCAAUGGCGAUCAGAGCGAUGGCGAUGAAGAUUAAAUCGUGAAUCGCGAGGAGUAAACGUAUAUCCAAGAGAGAGCAAAAGAGGGUUCGUGACUCCCGAGGAAUGAUACAACGCGGUCGACAUCAUGAUCCAUCUGUCCUAUAUAUAUAUAUAUAUAUAUUAUAUCCACAAUACCCGUUUCUGCCCACGUCAUUCUACCUCUCGACCUGUUCUAAUAGACCUCCCAGUACGAUACUAUUUCCACUCAGUUUUUCAAACUAAGACUGAGUGAGCAUACUUACUACCACGUCCGCAUGUACCUGACAAUACGGGGUCCCCUUUUUCUACUUAUAGCGGUUGAAAUAGUUUAGUCUGUCCAGAGGCUAGACGAUGUGCAUUACUCCUUGCAUUGGCUG